GUGGAAGCGCCGGGCCCUGCUGCGGGGGGGAGAGCGCCACAGACACCGGGACCUGGGACCGCCGCCGUCGCCGCCACCAUGAGCGAUCAGCAGCUGGACUGUGCCUUGGACCUCAUGAGGCGCCUGCCUCCACAGCAGAUUGAGAAGAACCUCAGCGACCUGAUCGACCUGGUCCCUAGUCUGUGUGAGGAUCUCCUGUCUUCUGUUGACCAGCCACUGAAAAUUGCCAGAGACAAAGUGGUGGGGAAGGAUUACCUUUUGUGUGACUACAACAGAGACGGUGACUCUUACAGGUCACCGUGGAGUAACAAAUAUGACCCUCCUUUGGAAGAUGGGGCCAUGCCGUCCGCUCGGCUGAGAAAGCUGGAGGUGGAGGCCAACAAUGCCUUUGACCAGUACCGAGACCUGUAUUUUGAAGGCGGCGUCUCAUCUGUCUACCUCUGGGAUCUGGAUCAUGGCUUUGCUGGCGUGAUCCUCAUAAAGAAGGCUGGGGACGGAUCAAAGAAGAUCAAAGGCUGCUGGGACUCCAUCCACGUGGUGGAAGUACAGGAGAAGUCCAGCGGCCGCACUGCUCACUACAAGCUGACCUCCACAGUGAUGCUCUGGCUGCAAACCAACAAGUCCGGCUCAGGCACCAUGAACCUCGGAGGCAGUCUCACCAGACAGAUGGAGAAAGAUGAAACUGUGAGUGACAGCUCCCCACACAUAGCCAAUAUCGGACGCCUGGUAGAGGACAUGGAAAAUAAAAUCAGAAGUACGCUGAAUGAGAUCUACUUUGGAAAAACAAAGGAUAUUGUCAACGGGCUGAGGUCUGUGCAGACUUUUGCAGACAAAUCAAAACAAGAAGCUCUUAAGAACGACCUGGUGGAGGCUUUGAAGAGAAAGCAGCAGUGUUAGACCUCUGCUUCGCGCUAACCGGACACGCCACGCACUCGUUAGACUCCUUUCUUAGAAAACUCGUUUUCUGCUCUUUCCCUCAUCCCCUCCCUCCCCGACAGGUCACGUAACAGUUUGCAUCAUCGACCGCACAGCGCCAUCUCUCCCUGAGAAUAAAGCCCGAUGCCCGCCCGCCCUCUGGCUCCGAGGCCUGCUUCCCACCACGUUUCGCUAUCGAAACUCUGGAUAUUUCCAUAGAGACCGUGUGGUUUUUGUCCGCCUGGGCCCCGUCUUCCUCUCCUCUCCUGUUUACAGGCAUAAAUACACUGUCAGUCAGCCACCGCU